AUGUCAUCCAACAGGAGCCAGAAUCCCCAUGGACUGAAGCAGAUUGGCCCUGACCAGACCGGGGAUGACCUCAGAGCUGGAAUCCAGCAAGUGUAUACCAGACAAAGUAUGGUGAAAUCCAGAUACAUGGAACUCUACACUCAUGUUUAUAACUACUGCACGAGUGUGCACCAGUCAAUCCAAGCUCAAGAGGCUGGUGUCCCUCCUUCUAAAUCAGAAAAGGGGGAGACGCUGGAGGGAGUUCAGUUAGUUGGCUUGGAAUUGUACAAACAGCUUAAAGAAUUUUUGAAGAAUUACUUGACAAAUCUUCUUAAGGACGGAGAAGAUUUACUAGAUGAGAGUGUACUGAAGUUCUACACUCAACAAUGGGAAGAUUACCGGUUUUCAAGUAAAGUGCUGAAUGGCAUUUGUGCCUACCUCAGUAGAUAUUGGGUUCUCUGCGAAUAUUAUGGAGGAUGAAAAGGAAUCUACCAAAUGUAUUCUCUUGCAUUGGUGACUUGGAGAGAUUGUCUUUUCAGGCCAUUGAAUAAACAGGUAACAAAUGCUGUUUUAAAACUGAUUGAAAAGGAAAGAAAUGGUGAAACCAUCAAUACAAGACUGAUGAGUGGAAUUGUACAAUCUUACGUGGAACUGGGGCUGAACGAAGAUGAUGCCUUUGCGAUGGGCCCUAGGCUAAAGGUGUACAAAGAAUCCUUUGAGUCUCGGUUUUUGGCUGACACAGAGAGAUUUUAUACCAGAGAGAGUACCAAAUUCUUGCAGCAGAACGCAGUUACUGAAUAUAUGAAGAAGGCAGAGACUCGUCUGCUGGAGGAGCAGCCGAGAGGCCAGUACCUUCAUGAGAACACCCAAGAAGAGCUAGCCAGGAAGUGCAGGCAGGUGCUCAUUGAGAAACACUUGGAGAUCUUCCACAGGGAAUUUCAGAAUUUAUUGGAUGCCGACAAAAGUGAAGAUUUGGGUCGCAUGUAUAAUCUUGUAUCUAGAAUCCAUGAUGGCCUGGGAGAAUUGAAAACACUCCUGGAGACACACAUUCAUAAUCAGUGUAUUGCAGCAAUUGAAAAGUGUGGAGAAGCUGCUUUAAAUGACCCCAAAAUGUAUAUACAGACAGUGUUGGAUGUUCAUAAAAAAUACAACGCCCUGGUGAUGUUGGCAUUCAACAACAAUGCUGGCUUCGUGGCUGUGCUGGACAAGGCUUGCGGUCGCUUCAUAAACAACAAUGCAGUUACCAAAAUGGCUCAGUCGUCCAGUAAAUCUUCCGAGUUGCUGGCUGGAUACUGUGACUCCUUGUUGAAGAAGAGGUCCAAGAACCCAGAAGAAGCAGAACUAGAAGACACGCUCAACCAAGUGAUAGCGGUCUUCAAGUAUAUAGAGGACAGGGACGUGUUUCAGAAGUUCUACGCAGAGAUGCUGGCAAAAAGCCUUGUUCAUCAGAACAGUGCGAGUGAUGACGCCGAAGCAAGCAUGAUCGCUAAGUUAAAGCAAGCUUGCGGUUUUGAGUAUACCUCUAAACUUCAGCGGAUGUUUCAAGACAUUGGUGCAAGCAAAUAUUUGAAUGAGCGGUUCAAAAAGCACCCGACAAAUUCAGAGCCGCUGGGCUUGGAUUUCAGUAUUCAAGUUCUGAGCUCCGGAUCAUGGCCUUCUCAGCAGUCCGGUACGUUUGCCUUGCUGUCAGAGCUGGAACGGAGUUAUCAGCGCUUGACAGCGUCUUACGCCAGCCGUCACAGUGGCAGAAAAUUGACGUGGUUAUAACAAGUGCUACAGAUCUUAUUGAAGUUGAAGUUACUGGUCUUGGAAGAUGAAAAUAUACCUGUUGAUGAGAUGGAAUUGAAGCAAGAUACCUUAAUAAAAUUAUAUCUUGGUUAUAGAAACAAGAAAUUAAGAGUUAACAUCAACGUGCCAGUGAAAAUGGAACAGAAGCAGGAACAAGAAACCACACACAGAAACAUCGAGGCAGAUCGUAAACUAUUGAUCCAGGCGGCUCUCGUGAGAAUUAUGAAAAUGAGGAAGGUUCUAAAACACCAGCAGUUACUUGGAGAAGUACUGACUCAGCUCUCCUCAAUAUUCAAGCCUCGGAUCCCAGUAAUUAAAAAAUGCAUUGACAUUCUGAUCGCGAAAGAAUAUUUGGAGCGAGUGGAUGGUGAACAGGACACCUACAGUUACUCAGGAUCAGAACUGCUCAGGAUCGCCACGCUUCAAGUCUGUAAAUACGGACACCGAUGCCAUUUAACCUAAUUUAAGACCAGAGAGGAUGGAACCUUCCAUGCUGAGGGCUGCAUGCUUCUGCAUCCGAAUCAACCCAUUGGCCACCUGAAUAACAGCUGCCGGCUGGGCGGCCCCUCGGAGGCCAGCAACACCUAGAGAGCAGGUCUGAACGGACCCACGUGUAAUCUGCUAUGAAAAACCAUUUGUAGAGUAUAUUUCAUUUUUUAAUGUGUGAAAAUAAAGAAAA